AUGAAGUCUCCCCUCCCUUUCUCCCUCACCUGCCACACAGAGAAGCAGGGUCCUGAGCAGAAGCGGAUCAAGAAGGAGCCUGUUGCCCGAAAGUCCGGGCUACUAUUCGGCAUGGGGCUGUCUGGGAUCCGAGCUGGAUACCCUCUCUCUGAGCGUCAGCAGGUGGCUCUGCUCUUGCAGAGGACUGCUGAGGAGUCUGCAAAUAGCCCAGUAGACACAACACCAAACCACCCCUCCCAGUCUACACUGUGUCAGAAGGGGACCCCCAACUCUGCCUCAAAAACCAAAGAUAAGGUAAAUAAGAGAAAGGAACGAGGAGAGACACGUCUGCAUCGAGCAGCCGUCAGGGGCGAUGCCCGGCGCAUCAAGGAGCUCAUCAGUGAAGGCGCAGAUGUCAAUGUCAAGGACUUUGCAGGCUGGACUGCACUGCAUGAGGCCUGUAACCGGGGCUAUUAUGACAUCACCAAGCAGCUGUUCGCCGCUGGUGCAGAGGUGAACACUAAGGGGCUGGAUGACGACACGCCUUUGCACGAUGCCGCCAACAACGGGCACUACAAGGUGGUGAAGUUGUUGUUACGGUAUGGCGGAAACCCUCAACAAAGCAACAGGAAAGGCGAGACACCGUUGGAGCUCUCCUCACUGGAAGUGUAUAUGCCUCUGCCUAACAGGAGAUUCACCAUCGUUGGGGAAUUGGCUACUUUCAACGGUGUCUCACUACCUAGUAGUAAGGCACGAGAAUCUUCUAAUUCUAGGCAGCAAAAAGAAAAAAACAAAUUGAAAAAGAAGCAAAAGAAAGAAACAAAAGGAAAGGAAGUUCAGUUUGGAAAGAGGAAUGACAGAUUUUGUUCCUCUGGGUCAGAAAGUGAGUCCUCAGAGAGUGAUGAGGAUGAUGGGGACUCUGUGGGAAGUGCAGGCUGCCUCAAGAGGUCCCCUCUGGUGCUGAAGGACCCUUCCCUACUUAGCUCACUGUCUGCCUCCUCCACCUUGUCUCAUGGUAGUGCUGCGGCCCAGAAACAUAGCUCUGGCCACACGGACCAGCACUCUAAGCACUGGUGCACUGACAACUGGAAAGCCAUUUCUUCCCCAGCCUGGUCUGAGGUCAGCUCUUUAUCAGACUCCUCAAGGACCGGACUGAUCAGUGAGUCUGACUGCUCCUCUGAGGGCUUCAGUGUGGAAUCUCUGAAGCCCACAAGGAGGAAGCAGGAACACCGUAAAAGGGGUGGCCUACAGAGCAUGACACCUGAGAAGAGAAGCACCUUCCACCCUUGUCCAGAUGGAGCUGUCCCCAAGAUGGACAAGGAAGGGAAAAUAGUCAAAACACACACACAAAAAAAAAACCACAAACAUAAAAACAAGGAGAAAGGACAAUGUUCAGUCAGCCAAGAACGUAAAUUGAAAAGCUUUAUGUACGAGUAUGAGGACUCCAAACAAAAGCCAGAUAAGGCCAUCCUCUUAGAUAACGACAUUUCCACUGAAAAUAAGUUGAAAGUAUUGAAGCAUGACAGAGACCAUUUUAAGAAAGAAGAUAAACUUGCUAAGAUGAAGUCAGAGGAUAAAAAGUGGCUCUUUAAGGAUGAAAAGGCACUAAAAAGAAUCAAGGAUAUGAACAAAGACAUCAACAGAUUAUUCCAGGAAGAAAAAGAUUCCAGUAAGGCAGAAAGGGAGAAGUCUACAAAGGAAAAGUCUCCCAAGGAGGAAAAACUGAGACUGUACAAAGAGGAAAGGAAGAAAAGGUCCAAAGACCGACCUUCCAAGUUAGAGAAGAAGAAUGACAUGAAAGAGGACAUUUCCACAGAGAAGGACAAGGCCUUCAAAGAGGACAAAGAAAAACUAAAAAAGGAAAAGGUGUACAGAGAAGAUGCUAAUUUUGAUGAAUAUUGUAACAAAAGUCAGUAUCUGGAGCAUGAGGACACCAAAUUCAGCCUUUCUGAUGACCAACAAGAGAGGUGGUUUUCUGACCUGUCAGAUUCCUCUUUUGAUUUCAAAGGAGAGUACAGCUGGGACUCCCCAGUGACAGACUAUAGGGACAUCAAGACUGACUCAGUGGCCAAACUUAUCCUGGAAACAGUCAAAGAAGAGAAUAAGGAAAAGAAGCGUGACAACAAAAUCCGAGAAAAGCGAGACUUCAGAGACUCUUUCUUCCGAAAGAAAGACAGGGACUAUCUAGACAAGAAUUCUGAGAAGAGGAGGAAGGACAAGGGCAGAACAGAAAAGUACAAAGACAAGUUCAGUGAGAGAGACAGGAGCAAGAAGUCUGUCCUCGAAAAGUGUCAGACAGACAAAGAGUUUGAAAAAUGUUUUAAAGAGAAGAAAGAUAGCAAGGAAAAGCAUAAAGACAUACACAGCAAAGACAGGAAAGCUUCCCUUGACCAAAUGAGAGAGAAGAAGGAGAAGAUGUUCCCUAGCAUCAUCUCAGAAGACUCCUCAGAAAAAAAGGACGAUAAAAAGGGGAAGGAGAAGAGCUGGUACAUCGCAGACAUAUUCACAGAUGAAAGUGAAGACGAGAAAGAUGAUUACAUGACCAGCAGCUUCAAAGUUGGAGAGGCCAGUGACACACAGAGAGUGGACAGCCUCCAGGAGAAGGAAGAUGGAAGAGAACAUCCCUCAGAUAGGCACAGGAAGUCCUCUUGUGACAGGCAGCACACAGAGAAGCCAAGAGACAAAGAGCUCAAGGAAAAGAAGAAAGACAGAGGAGUUGUGGAAGGGGGCAAGGACAAGAAGGAAAAAAUCUUUGAGAAACACAAAGAAAAGAAAGAUGAAGAGUGUGCAGAAAAAUACAAGGACAGGAAAGACAGAGUUUCUGUCGACUCUGCCCAAGAUAAGAAAAACAAUCAGAAGCUCCCUGAAAAGAUUGAAAAGAAGCACUUUGCUGAAGACAAGGCCAAGAGUAAGCACAAAGAGAAGCCAGAGAAGGAGCACUCCAGAGAAAGAAAAUCUUCACGAGGCCCCGAAGUGGAGAAGAGCCUACUAGGGAAGCUGGAGGAAGAGACUCUGCAUGACUACCGUGAAGACUCCAAUGACAAGAUCAGUGAAGUCUCCUCUGACAGUUUUGCUGACCACGGCCAGGAACCCAGCCUAAGCACGCUUCUGGAGGUAUCCUUUUCUGAGCCACCACCAGAGGACAAGGCCAGGGAGAGUACCUGCCUCUCAGAGAAGUUGAGGGAGAAGGAGAGGCACAGGCAUUCCUCAUCAUCUUCUAAGAAAAGUCAUGAGUGUGAGAGAGCCAAGAAGGAAAAGGCGGAGAAGAAAGAAAAGAGUGAAGACUACAAGGACAGUAGCAGUGGCAUCAGGAAGGACUCCAACCAAUAUGAAAAAGACUUCUUAGAUACAGAAACUUACGGUAUUUCUUACAACACAAAAGCUGACAUUGAAGAGGAACUAGAUAAAGCUAUUGAAUUGUUUUCUUCAGAAAAGAAAGACAGAACUGAUACUGAAAGAGAACCUGCAAAGAAAAUAGAAAAGGAACUAAAGCCGUAUGGGUCAAGUGCCAUCAGCAUGCUAAAAGAGAAGAAGAAGAGAGAGAAGCACAGAGAAAAGUGGAGGGAGGAGAAGGAGAAACACCGGGACAAGCAUGUAGAUGGGUUCUUGAGACAUCACAAGGAUGAGCCAAAGCCUGCAGCUAAAGAUAAGGACAACCCUCCCAACUCCUUUAAGGAGAAGUCUAGGGACGAAAGCCUGAAGCUCAGCGAGACCAAGCUGAAGGAGAAAUUCAAGGAGAACACAGAGCGAGAAAAGGGCGAUCCCGUGAAGAUGAGCAAUGGGAAUGACAAGCUCCUGCCAUCUAGAGACUCAAGCAAGAAAGACAUCAGGCCCGGCGAGAAGCUCCUGGGAGAUGGCGAUCUCAUGAUGACAAGUUUUGAAAGGAUGCUAUCCCAGAAAGAUCUUGAGAUUGAGGAGCGGCACAAGGAACACAUGAAACAGAUGGAGAAGAUGCGGCAUGGGUCUGGAGACCCCGAGCUCAAAGAGAAGAACGGGCGCAAAAAGAGCCUGGACCUUCCUUCCAAGAAAUCUGUGGGCCUAGAUCCUCCUUUUAAAGACAAAAAGCUCAAGGAAUCGGCUCCCAUGAUGCAUGGUGAAAACAAGCCACACAAUGGACCAGGUACAGAGUCCAAGAAGGAGCUUCUGCCCGCUUCACCCCAGACUGAGCAGGGCCGACCCACUGGGCUGCCUACCCCCACCUCAGUGGUGUCAUGCCCCAGCUAUGAGGAGGUGAUGCACACGCCCAGGACCCCAUCCUGCAGUGCUGAUGAUUACCCUGACCUGGUGUUUGACUGCACUGACUCCCAGCAUUCAAUGCCUGUCUCCACCACAUCCACCAGCGCCUGCUCUCCACCCUUUUUUGACAGGUUCUCUGUGGCUUCCAGUGUGGUUUCAGAAAACCCAGGCCAGACACCUACAAGGCCUGUCUCCACAAACCUGUAUCGCUCAAUCUCCGUGGAUAUCAGAAGGACCCCAGAAGAGGAAUUUAGUGUUGGGGACAAGCUGUUCAGGCAACAGAGUGUUCCUGCAGCCUCUAGUUUUGAUUCCCCAGUACAGCACUUAAUGGAAGAAAAGGCUCCUCUGCCACCUGUUCCUGCAGAGAAGUUUGCCUGCCUGUCCGCUGGGUACUACUCCCCAGACUAUGGUAUCCCCUCACCCAAGGUGGACACUCGGCACUGUCCACCAACAGCUGUGGUCAGUGCCACACCACCCCCAGACAGCGUCUUCUCCAGCCUACCAGCAAAGUCUUCCCCUUCCCCAAGAGGUGAACUGUUAACCCCAGCCAUGGAAGGGUCCCUGCCCUCAGAUCUAAACCUACCUCUGGAUGUCACAGAGGACCAGCAGGCCACAGCUGUCAUCCUUCCCCGAGAGCCCAGCUAUCUGGAGCCCCUGGAUGAGGGUCCCUUCAACACGGUGAUUACCGAGGAACCUGUUGAGUGGACACACACUGCUGCAGAACAGGCCCUUUCUUCCACCCUUAUUACUAGUGCCUCUGAAAACCCUGUCAGCUGGCCUGUGGGAUCUGAACUUCUGCUAAAGUCUCCACAGAGGUUUGCAGAAUCCCCAAAACAUUUCUACGCUCGGGAGUCCCUCCAUUCCACCAACCCAGGGUCCUUCAGUGCUGCAGAGCCCACAUAUCCCGUCUCUCCAGUCACUUACCCUCUGCCAGCCCCUGAGUCAGGCUUAGAGGAAGUGAAAGAUGGUGGGACAGGAGCAGUCUCUGCUGCAGAAGGGACUGCUCCUUACGCUGCUCCCGCCAGGAUGGAGUCCUUCUUUAGCAACUGUAAAUCACUCCCAGAUGCACCCCUGGACACAACCCCCGAGGCUACAUGUGUAACUACUGUGGCUCAGGUAGAGGCUCUGGGACCCUUAGAGAGCAGCUUACUAGACAGCAAUCAUAGUAUAUCUGCCCUCAGCCAGGUAGAACCAGUGCCAUGGCACGAAGCCUUUACCAGCCCUGAGGAUGACCUCGACCUGGGGCCUUUCUCACUGCCAGAGCGCCCUCUCCAGGCCAAAGAUACUUCAGAUGUUGAGGCAGAAGCUGUUCCUCCAGUAGAGCGCUCUCCAUGCCCCACUGAGCCUGAGUCCUCGGAGGAACCAAAGCUGGAUAUAGUUCUAGAAGCUGCAGUGGAAACAGAGGUCUCCAACUUGGUGCCGGCACCCAGUCCUCCUGAACAACAUCUGGGAAGUGUUGAUGAAGAGACUGAGGCCGAAGAGGCUUCUGCUCCCUGCUGUGCACCUGAUGGCCCCACCACAGAUGACAUUGAGCCCUACCACAGCGACAGGUCCAACCCAUACUUUGAGUACCUUCAAAUACGAAAGAAGAUUGAAGAGAAACGCAAGAUCCUCUGCUGCAUAACUCCGCAGGCACCCCAAUGCUAUGCUGAGUAUGUCACCUACAUGGGGUCCUACCUCUUGGAUGGCAAGCCACUCAGCAAGCUGCACAUCCCUGUGAUCGCACCCUCUCCCUACCUGGCGGAGCCCCUGAAGGAGCUGUUCAAGCAGCAAGAGGCUGUGCGGGGUAAGCUGCGCCUGCAGCACAGCAUAGAAAGGGAGAAGCUGAUUGUGUCCUGCGAGCAAGAGAUUCUUCGGGUUCACUGCCAUGCAGCCAGGACCAUUGCCAACCAGGCAGUACCAUUCAGUGCGUGCACAAUGCUGCUAGACUCUGAGGUUUAUAACAUGCCUCUAGAAAGCCAGGGUGAUGAGAACAAGUCUGUGCGGGACCAUGCCCGACAGUUCAUCUCUUGGCUGCAGGACGUAGAUGACAAGUAUGACCGUAUGAAGGUCUCCAUCCAGCUCCUCAGGCUCCGCCUCUUCCCACCCCUCUCUCCUCAUCGUAGGUCACACAGGUCAUCAGAAGCCUCUUCAGGUUCAUCCUCCCCAUCUCCCUCUCACCCUACUCUGCCUCCUCGGUCUUCCAAAGCCCCGCCGAGUUCCCCUUCCUCUCGCACUGGCCGCCUUGCGCUGGCACCUUCCUUCACUCCUCCACUCACAUGUUCAUGUGCCGCCACAGAGCCUAAUCCUAGCCAAGCCAAGCCUGCUGCCAUCCUGCUGCUGAGGGAGGUGGCUGGUGCAGAUGGAUUGGUUAGGAUUCAUGUUCCAUUUUCCCUGUCGGAACUUUCCCAUAUAGCCAAAUUACUUGGGUCCUAUACAUCUAAUCCUACCACUUUUACAAAAGAAUUUCAAUAUAUUACCCAGUCCUACAACCUUACUUUCCACGACAUUUUUAUGAUCCUGUCUAAUAACUUACUUCCCGAGGAGCGCAGGUGGGUCUGGGAACAGGCCAGACAACAUGCGGACGAAGUUCACCAAACUCUAGCCUUCCACCAUCUGGAGGCAGAGGCGGUCCCAGACCAAGAACCACACUGGGACUACAACAGUCCAGGUGGGGUUUUGGCCAGGGACCGAUUUUUAACUUGUCUCCUCACAGGCCUCCGUAAGUCUGCCCUCAAGCCUGUAAAUUAUUCUAAACUUUCAGAGAUUAUACAGGAUACAAAGGAAAAUCCUUCUGCAUUUUUGGAACGCCUUACGAAAGCCCUUUUGCAGUUCACGAACUUGGACCCAGAAUCCCCGGAGGGCAGACAGUUACUAAUGACUCACUUGUUUAAUCAAUGUUAUUCAGACAUCAAAGCCAAGCUCAGGCGUUUGGAAAUGGGCCCUUUAACCCCAUAG